CCCCGGGCGGGAGUGGGGGGGCGGCGGCGGCGGGCGCUGCGCUCGCUGGGCAGCCUGGCCGGGCGGCUGCUCCGCACCUGGGCGCGCCUGGCCGGGGGGCGCGGGGGUCGCCGAGCCGCCCCGGAGGAUGACGAGGGCGGGUUCCGCGGCGGGGAGCGGCGCCGGCCCGGCCGGGCGGCCCCGGCGGCGGGGGGCGCGGGGGGCGAUGCGGGAGCGGGCGGGGAGCGGCCGCCGGGCGCGCAGGGGCUGCGGAACCACGGGAACACCUGCUUCAUGAACGCCGUGGUGCAGUGCCUGAGCAACACGGCGCCGCUGGCCGAGCGCCUGGCGCUGGGCCGGUACCGCGCCCGCGGGGCCCGCGCCGAGGUCACCCACCGGCUGGCGGCCCUGGUCCGAGCCCUCUGGACCCGCGACUACACCCCGCAGCUCUCCGCGGAGUUCAAGAACAUUGUCUCCAAGCACAGCUCGCAGUUCCGGGGCAACGCUCAGCACGACGCCCUCGAGUUCCUGCUCUGGCUGCUGGACCGCAUGCACGAGGACCUGGGGGCUGCCUCCCCCGCCCAGCAGCCCCGCAGCCCCCAGGAGCCUGGCAAGGACAGGAGUGGCAGUGCCAGCCGGUCCCCGACAGCUGCCCAGCACCCCCGGGGGCAGAGCUUCGUGCAGAGCCACUUCCAAGCGCAGUACAGGUCUUCCCUGACAUGCCCUCACUGCCUGAAGCAGAGCAACACCUUCGACCCCUUCCUAUGCAUCUCCCUGCCCAUCCCCCUGCGCCAGACCAGGGCUCUCAACGUCACCCUGGUGCUGCAGUGCGAGCGCUGGCGCUUCGUGCGGGUGGGACUGGCCGUGCCGCUGCUGGGCACCGUGGCUGACCUGCGGGAGAUGGUGGCACGGGAGGGGUGCAUCCCCCCGGAGCAGGUGAUCCUGGCCGAGGUGUCCCCGCGGGGCUUCCUGCGCUCGCUGGGGGACAAGGAGGAGCUGGGAGCAGCCGGGGAGGGAGCUCCUCUCUACGCCUUCCAGCCGCCCCCCGCCCGCCGUGCAGGGUGCCCCCGCAGCCUGCCCGCGUCCCCCGGGGUGGCCCGGCCGGAGGGGCCGCGCCUGCCGCCCGCCGCCGCCCGCUCCUCCGACUGCCUGCACCGCGGGCCGGGCAGCCGCAUCCUGCUGCUGCUCUGCAACACGGCGGGCGCCGGCCCCCAGCUCGCCAGGUUCGGGCCGCCCCUGGUGCUGCGGGAGGAGCGGGGCAUCUCCUGGGAGCAGCUCCAGCAGAGCAUCCUGGCCCAGCUGCGGGCGCUGCUGCGGGGAGAGGUGCGGGCACAGGGAACAGGAGCCCUUUUCCGCAUUCGCCUGGCUGGGGGCUCGGCCCCCUGCAUCUACCUGUCCCCGCAGGACCCCCGUCCUCUCUGCCACCCUGCCAUCGACAGAGCCCUGCAGCUGAGCGGGACAGGCGGCCCCCCCCAUGUGAAGCUGACGGUGGAGUGGGACGUGAGCACCAAAGAGCGCCUUUUUGGCAACAUCCAGGAGGAGGUGGUGCAGGACGCGGAGAGCGUGCGGCUGCAGCAGCAGGCACACCGGCAGCAGCACAGCUGCACGCUGGACGAGUGCUUCCAGCUCUACACCAAGGAGGAGCAGCUGGCCCCGGACGAUGCCUGGCGCUGCCCGCACUGCAAGGUGCCCCAGCAGGGCACGGUGAAGCUGAGCCUCUGGACGCUGCCCGACAUCCUCAUCAUCCACCUCAAGCGCUUCCGCCAGGUGGCCGAGCACCGGCACAAACUCACCACGCUGGUGAGGUUCCCCCUGCGGGGGCUCGACAUGGCCCCCCACGUGGCGCAGCGGGGCCAGCCCGGGGGGCAGCUGUUGGGGCGCUGGGCGCCCUGGCAGCCCCCCCUCCGCCUGCCCCCGGGCUGCCCCCGAGACUACCUCUACGACCUGUACGCUGUCUGCAACCACCACGGCAGCAUGCAGGGGGGGCACUACACCGCCUACUGCUGCAACGCCCUGGACGGGCGGUGGUACAGCUAUGACGACAGCCGCGUGGAGGGGGUGCGGGAGGCGGAGGUGAGCACCCGCAGCGCCUACAUCCUCUUCUACCAGCGCCGCCACGCCGUGUCCGCCGGCGGCUCCGUCAGGGGCUCCGCCGCCCCCCCGGGGCACUGGCUGUUCCGCCUGGCCGGCACCGACCCCGGCACGGAUCCCGGCACCGCCCCCGACCCCUCUUGCUCCUCCGGCGCCCAGGAGAACGGCUCCGCCGCCCCCCCGGGGCACUGGCUGUUCCGCCUGGCCGGCACCGACCCCGGCACGGAUCCCGGCACCGCCCCCGACCCCUCUUGCUCCUCCGGCGCCCAGGAGAACGGUGAGACUCAGCCCCGCAAGCCCCUCCGCCUCCCGGACCUCCCGAGCCCUCCUGACCGUGGUUCCCUCGCAGGCGGGUUCGAGGCGCGACCCCCGGUGCGGGGUCUGCAGGGUCGCAGCCUCAGCGUGCGGAUCGCGCCAGUCGGACCCCCCGGGCAGGGCGAGCCGGGGCCCCCCCGCGGUCCCCGACGGCCCACCCGGCUCCGCCGGGCAGCCAGCGCCGAGGGGACCCCUCGCCGGCCCCCCCCGGGCCAGGGCAGCCCCGUGGUUGGGGUCCCUCCCCGGAUCGUGCUGCCCGAGGGGGACGCGGGUGUCCCCACGGGCCGGCGCCCCCCCGGCCCUCCGGCGCUGGGGCGGUCGCGGAGCUCGGCCAGCCUUCCCCCUCGACCCGAGGGGGGUCUGCGCCGAUCUGCCUCGCUGGGCAGGGGCGCGGGGGGAACCCCCCUGUCCGCCCGGGGUCCCCCCGGGGCCACACUGCAGCGGGGCCGGCAGCCCCUCGGCCCCCUGCGCCCCGCGGCCGUGCCAGAGUCCAGCUUCUGA